UGCAUUUUUUAGUUGGAAGCAUUCAAGAUACUCAAAAGAAAAUAAAAACUGACACUUCCUUUGCAAUAUUUUUAUGCCUUUUCUGUCUUGGCACCAUCUCUGCUUUAAAGGAUGCUCUUCUCAGACUGCUCUCCCUCUCCCUUCCCCAAGCUCAGCUCCCCAUAACCAUCUUCAGACACACACAUCCAGAGAGAGAGAGAGAAAGAGAGAGAGAAGUUUGGUUAUGAAAUGGCCACAAAUCUGCAAUCAUGUAACCAUGCAGAUGAAGAGUACAUAGAUAUGGAAGUAAGCUCUUCAUCCAACUUUCUGUCUUGCUCCACAAGCUCUCCUCCACAAAGCAGAGAAUUUGAAUUCCAAAUGACAUACAUUUCUAAAGAGAGAGAAUCCACAACGUCUCCAGCUGAUGAACUCUUCUACAAAGGUAAACUUCUUCCUCUUCACCUCCCUCCACGUUUACAAAUGGUCCAAAAACUUCUUCAAAACUCCAGCAAUGGAUUCAAAACCACAACAAAGACCCUUGAAGAAGACGUAGAAGAACAUUACAGUAUGCCCCUCAUCACUAGCUUCACAAUACCUUGUAGUAAUACCAGUACCCCAUUGGAAUCCUGCAAUAUCUCUCCAUCUGAAUCUUGCAGGGUGAGUUGUGAACUGAAUCCAGAUGAGUAUUUCUUUGAAUGGUCUACUGAAUUGAGCGGUUUUAUCAGUGAUAAUCCAAAGAAGUUUUGGUCCAAGAAGCUCAAAUUGAUUAAACAAUCCUCUCUAGGCCAAAAGAUCAAGGCUUCAAGGGCAUAUUUGAAAUCUCUGUUUACGAAAUCUGGUUGUUCAGAUGAGUCCAGUGCCAAGGCAGCCUGCAAUGUAGAGGAUGAACAUUUUUCAAAAGGAAAGGACCGUUCCAAUAAGUACAUAAAGGGCGGCUUGUUGCACGAGACUCCCAACACUGCAGGGUAUAAGGAGGGUCAGAUGAAUGGAAUCCUGCUUCCGAAUGCAGAAAGGCUGUUUCCGCUACUGGAAAAGAAAAACCUAUUUGGGCAAAUUGGAAAACGGAGAUACCCAACAAUAGCUAAUAUCAUGAACAGCAUUGAGAAAGAGGGAGCUGAGGAUAAUGUGAAUAGCCAUAGGAGGUCAUUUUCAGGGGCGAUCAAACGGCGCUCUCCUGCAAAAUGUUCUUCGUCUUCCUCUUCAUCUGGUGCUUCUUCCUCAUCUUCAUCGUCAAUUUCAUUCAAUUCAAAUGGGUUUUACGAGUUGCAAUUCCUGAAAAGGAGCAGCAGCGCAACUUCAGAGAUUGAGGGUUCAAUUGAGGCAGCAAUUGCUCACUGUAAGAAGUCUCAAGAGCUCUGUAGUUCAAGAAAGACAUUAAAUGAUUCAGGAUUUUGUGCACUGUCUGCUUCAAGGUUUGCAGCCUGUGGGGAUCAAGAAAGAUCAGGUAAAAGAAUAUGUAAGAAAAUGGAACCCAUUAAUGAAGCCCUGGAAUCAAAGGAGUAG